AGGUCCUUGAGGACGAGGGAACUAUGAAUGAUUUGGGAAACAAUCGACAGCAUCUGAAGAUUUGAAGAGGCCAGAGUUACAGCUCUUUGGAAGUUAACAUGAGGAUGACCAGAACCCCUUGGAACUGUGAUUGAAUUGGCAGUGGGCCCAAAUACUCUUUCCAAAGAGUGGAAGACCAGUCAACAAAUUAUGAAUGUUAAACAAGAUGACCUCCUAUCAGCAGCAGCAGAUGAUGCGAGGUCCUAGGUGGAACCGGGCCUUGUCCGACCCUUUGCUUGUGCUGCUUCUUGCCCUCCAGCUGCUUGUAGUGGCAGGGUUGGUGCGUGCUCAGACGUGCCCCUCUGUCUGCUCCUGUAGUAACCAGUUCAGCAAAGUCAUCUGCACCCGUAGAGGCCUGCGGGAUGUCCCCGAUGGCAUCUCUACCAACACACGCUACCUGAAUCUGCAAGAAAAUCUAAUUCAGGUCAUAAAGGUGGACAGCUUCAAGCAUCUAAGACAUCUGGAGAUCCUGCAGCUGAGCAAGAACCACAUACGCAAAAUUGAGCUGGGGGCCUUCAAUGGACUGGCCAGCCUCAAUACCUUGGAGCUUUUUGAUAACCGCCUCACCACUAUCCCAAACGGGGCAUUUGAGUACCUGUCUAAACUAAAGGAGCUUUGGUUGAGGAAUAACCCCAUAGAGAGCAUUCCCUCCUAUGCUUUCAACAGAGUGCCCUCAUUACGGCGGUUGGACCUUGGGGAGCUCAAACGGCUCACCUACAUUUCUGAGGGGGCCUUUGAAGGGCUGAGCAAUCUCCGCUACUUAAAUCUGGGAAUGUGCAAUCUGAAGGAAAUUCCCAACCUUAUUCCCCUGGUGAAGCUGGAUGAAAUGGAGAUGUCGGGGAACCAGCUAUCUGUCAUCCGGCCUGGCUCUUUUAAAGGACUCAUCCAUUUGCAAAAGCUAUGGAUGAUGCAUGCUCAGAUCCAGACCAUAGAAAGAAACUCUUUUGAUGACCUACAGUCACUAGUGGAGCUCAAUCUAGCCCACAACAACCUCACCCUCUUGCCCCAUGAUCUCUUCACUCCUUUACAUCACCUGGAGAGGGUGCACUUGCACCACAACCCGUGGAAUUGUAAUUGUGACAUACUCUGGCUAAGCUGGUGGCUUAAAGAGAUGGUACCUGCAAACACUAGCUGCUGUGCUCGUUGUAGCUCACCCUCCCACCAUAAGGGACGAUAUAUUGGCGAGCUGGACCAGAAUUACUUUCACUGUUAUGCUCCUGUUAUUGUGGAGCCUCCCACAGACCUAAAUGUGACAGAGGGAAGUGCUGCAGAGUUGAAAUGCAGAGCCAGCUCAUUGACCUCUGUUAGCUGGAUUACACCCAAUGGUUCCAUCAUGACACACGGUGCAUACAAGAUCAGAAUCUCUGUGCUGAAUGAUGGCACCCUGAACUUCACUAAUGUCACCAUGCAGGACACGGGCACAUAUACAUGUAUGGUCAGUAAUUCUGCAGGUAACACAACAGCAUCGGCCACACUCAAUGUGUCCUCUACAGAGAACAGCAGCUUCAGCUACUUCACCACGGUAACAGUGGAGACUAUGGAAACGCCACAUAAUGAAGGCUUCACCACAACUGUGCAACAGAAGGUGGGCCCCACCCCCUCUGCUGGUACAUGGGAGUCUGUUUCCGUCACCUCGACGACUACAACCACAUUUCGGACCCCACUAUCCACUCGUGCCACAGAGAAGACUUACACAAUCCCGGUCACGGAGCUGGGUGGUGAGGGCUCACUUAACGGCUUGGAUGAGGUGAUGAAGACGACCAAGAUCAUCAUUGGCUGCUUUGUUGCAAUCACACUAAUGGCAGCUGUCAUGUUGAUUAUCUUCUACAAGAUGCGCAAACAGCAUCACCAGCAGAACCACCACGCACCCACACGCACUAUUGAGAUCAUUAAUGUGGACGAGGACUGUGUAACAGGAGGCCCGGGCAUGGAGGGCCACCUGACACUGCCUCCUCUUGAGCAUGAGCACCUCAACCACUAUAACACCUACAAGACUGCAUACAACCAUGUCUCCACUAUCAACUCCAUACACAGCUCUGCGCACGAACCUUUGUUAAUCCGGGCCAGCUCAAAAGACAAUGUACAAGAGACCCAAAUCUAAUACUUUUAUUUCUUUCUCUUUUUUUUCAAAAUUACACAUUAUAAAACUGACGGAAUUACAUAAUACAUUGCUGAGAGGACAUUACUGAUAACUCGUUUGGAUUAUGGCUCAAACAUUGAGAAAUAGACUUGUGUUUGGCAAAUCAGUGGCUGAUGAUGUUUAUUCAAUGACUUUUGAAAUUAGGGUAUGUCUACAGUUUGGAAAGUGUCUUUACAAAAAAGAAGCUAUUUAUUUAAGAAAAAAAAUAUUGUGGUUAAAUCAAGAAAAACUGUAUUCUGCAGUUAUUUUUUCAGCACUUACAGUUAUUCAUGUUUUCUUUUCUCCCUCUCAUUUCAUGGGAUUGGUUUACUAAUAUACCUUCAAAUCAAGGCACUCUGUUUGAAGACAUACGUCAAGAAAAUGUUGAAGCUAAUCAUUGUUUUGUGUUGUUUUUUUUUUACUUUUUUGAUAAACUGCAGACUUUGGAUCAGAGGAGAUAGUAACCCAAUUUGCCCCAUGUAUGAAUGAAUCUAGAGCACAUUAGUGAUUUUCUCCAGCUGUGGAUUAAGUGAUGAAAUCUUUGUGACCAUCUGUAUCUGGGAUGAAUUAAACACUUGUUCAUUAUUUUACAGUGAUUGACAGAACUGUCAGUGAUGGAACUUGAUCAUAAUUCACAAUUAAAUUAUAUCUCCUACAUACAAAUUAGGCACUUUGCUCUGUCAUCAGCAGACUGAGGAUCCUAAAUGAGGGAUAUAUGUCCUUCUACUUUACAAGCCAAGGCUCACUUUUAAAAGUUCAUUUUAGUUAAUCAAAUUCUAUAGAUCACCUAUGAAAGAAAAAUGCUUUUCUUGUUAUGUGGCUAAUGUAUAUGCAAAAUAUAAUUUUAUCCCUGAUUUCCACUUGUUUUGACUCAAAAUUCCAAGCUUCUUGGACAUGAUUAUCAUAAUGAAAAAGUUUCUGAUUGCCUUUAGAUCAAUUCUGAUUUAUUAAAGUUAUGAUAUAUGAGCAACAUUAAUGGGAACUUUAGAAUUAAGAAAACUGUUUUUGAAAAUAUUGGUAAAGAUUUAAGGGUCAAAAUUCGUGAAAUAAUUUAGUCCACUGCCUCCAAAUGUUUCCAGUGAACAAUGGCCUCACCUUUAACUGACAAUACUUUGUACAGCUGCAUGUGAAGAUGAUUGCUUUGAAGCCACCUUUUUUUUAUUCUGGGACCCCAUACCUCAUCUGCAGUACUGCAGGAUUGAGUGCUGUCAGAAGCAGACUGGUGAGCGGAAGAAAGAGCGUAAACCCUUUAUACAGCUGUCUGAGCACACUGCCUGUCAUCUGUGUGCCACAAUUCCACAUGGGCAGUGCUUGGCGGUUCCAGAUUCACACCCUGCCCCUGCCAACCAUAGGACUUGGCCCCGAGUGGAAGGGCUUAUGCUGCAAGAGGCUUUAGGGGUGAAUGUGUGGGAUCGGGCAUCAACCAGAUGUUUGGGUUGCAUCUGUCUCUCUCCCCCUCCCUCAGCUACAACACAAUUUCCAUUUUAAUUGAUGUGCCCAUGGGCUUUGGAUGGACACAGCUCUGCAGGCGCCCAUACCCUGGAAACCAUUUCAAAGUCCCCACCAUUAAAAUGGUGCCAGGCACCAGAGAUGCAGAGGUUAGGCAGACAUUUAUCAGAUUCCCCAGGUAAAUUUAAAACAAACAUGUGCAUCUUGUUCUCCCCUGAUAGUAAAAUAUACAAAAGGGUCAGGCUAUUGUCAUGCUUCAUUCAGAUUUGUCCUUUACAAUUAAUGUCAGUGUUACAGUAAGGAAAAAAAAAACUACUAUCACAGAUAGUUGCAUUUACUUUCUGUGGAGUGAUCAUGCAUACCACUAUCCUGAAAACUGGAAGUGGCACUAAGAGGAUGUUGCGGGUUUCAAAGAUUCCCCAUUUAUGUUUUUUAAAGUGUUCUACAGUAGAAAUAAAUUAUCAACACAUCUACGUUAAAUUUGCAAACAAAUCCUGCUGCACAAUGAACAUCCCUGCUGUUCGCCUGCUUUGUUUUUUGCACACUUAUUCUCAGCACUGUCAAGCUUAGGCAGUGUGAUGUUCUUUGGCCCAUGCAUAAUAUCUCCUCCUGCUCUUACAUCAGUCAAAACAACUCUAACCAUAGUGCUCAGCCUUACACUAAACAGCUAAGUUGGACCCAGUUGAGUUCACAGUUAUGCAUUUGAAAAUAAAGACAAAUUAACAAAACUGUCAACAGAUGGACAUGAGCAUAUUAUGACAGCAUUUAAAGCUAGACACAGAUGAGUGCAUUCUACUCAAAAAGACAGAUUUUAACCUAAAGGACAAAUAGGCUACUUCCCAUUGCUUAUUGCUUCAGCAUAUUCCAUGUAGUAGUGAGAAUAAAUGAAGAACAUUAACAGAGAAUUAAACAACCAGAUAAUAAUCUAAAGCCCUACGCCCACAGGACUACUAUUACCUUGGGCCCUCCUGUGGUAUGUAAUGCAAUAAUUGCAUGGAUUAUAUGUGUUAAUACUCUUGGGCAAACUAUUCUCAUAUCUAAUACACAGGUCAUGUGAUAUUAGAAAUUUGUGAUACAGCAUUACUUAAUUUCAUUUUACUUUCUCCUUUACAUUUGCCUUUCUUCCCCCGGGUUAAGAAAUAUGGAGGCUGUUGUGGAGAUAAUCAGUGGGAACUGUGCCACCCUUUGGCGUUCAAAAUGGUGUGCUAGUAUAUCUACUCUGUAAGGCAAAUCAUAUAAUUUGAUGAUCAAGCUGAUGGUAAUGAUCUGGUUUUGUUUAGUAAAUUUAAAUUUAACACAAUAUUUCUAUUAUCUUUAAAUGUGCUGCACACAACACUGAUAUGGAGGGCUGAUUGUUAAAUAACAAGGUCCCCAGGUGACUUGUGUCCAGACCCAAUGAGUCAAAUUUUCCCCCAGGACACUAUUUAUCCCGUAAUUGCACUUCUGUGGAGUCUGACACGUUUGUGAACCAUAGAACCUGGAUGUGUGUCAUUUAGUCUGUGUUUGAAUUCCUAUUGAUGGGAUGUGGAUCACAAAUUUCUGGUCAGUGGACAUAAGAGAGUGUAACCAUCUUCCCCCUUUUGCCUUUAGUUGGAGGUAAAUCGUCUGAAAAUUUAAAUGGUUAAUUAGUUGCAUUUUAGUCGAGCUGUCUCAUGUAUGUAAGAUAUCUAAAUAUUUUUGGUCAAUAUUCUUUUUUUUCCACAUUCUUUUUUAUCUUAUUUUUUCCAAGAGGGAAUGCUGUUCUAGUUGUAGAUUUAUAUAUAUAAAAAAAACAUUUUGAGGAUAAAACAAAAACAAAAAAUUUUAAAUUUUGAUUUUACAUGUGCCAACAACCUGUUCUAAAAGUGGAAAAAAAAGAAACAUGCUGUAAAAGAAUAAGAGGCUGAUUUUCAUGUAAGCAUUCUUUCAUGACCUUUAAAAGAUAUGGAGAUCAAUUAUAGAGACCAGAGUUUGUAGUUCAUACACAAAAUAUGGUUAAAAUAAACUAUUGUUGUUUUUCUGUA